GAUAAUUUGUCAACGUCAUGACCUUAUUUUUUGUAUUCUUUUUCCAGUGUAUACACUAGGAUGCCCUUCUGGUCAAGCAAGUACUAAUCGAAGGAAGCGAACUGGCAACGAUGACUAUUGUUGGGUACCUGUUUGGGUUAUCACCAAAUUUCUUUGAUUCAGCUGUGGUGCCUGGUGAGGCGGCGUCAGAAGCUGCCUCGUCGCAGGCCAUUCAGCAGCUGCCUGCGGCCUCCUCUAACCAGCCACGGCUAGCAUCUGCUGCCGCAUGGCGCGAGAGCGGCGCGACUUGCCUCACUUGCGGUAUUGGAAUCGGCUGCCCGGGGUUUGAGUCUCCCCAGGAGCAGCGGCAACACUUUAAGACGGACUGGCAUCGCUAUAACGUUAAACGACGACUAGCAAAGCAACCUGCCGUGAGCGAAGAGCAGUUUGAGAGGAUUCUGGAGCAAGGCACCGAGGUGUCGAUUUCGGGUUCAGAGUCCGACUCGUCCGAGGAAGAGAGCGACGAAGAUGAGGCGGGUGGGGCGGCAGGUGACGGCGGGGAGGGAGGAGCGGCAGGCAGGCAGCGACGCAAGCGGGGGCAGCAGCAGCAGCAGGCAGCGGCUAUUCCCCGCGUGACCUUCCAAGCGGCAGACGGCUCCCUCUUCUCCGUGUGGCGCUGCCUGCUGCGGCAGGAUCACGUCAAGGCACCCGCCGACCAGCCCUCCACCCCGCCGCAGUUGCUGGGGGAGCUUCGCCGGCUGCGGGCGGGGGCCGGCUGCUGGAUGGUGGUGCUGCUGAGGGGAGGCCACUUCGCUGCGACGGUGUUCAAGGCUCGCGAGGGCCGGGUCGCACCCCAGGCUCCCAAGACCCAGGCCGACCCCGAGGGGAUGGAGGGGCUGGAGGUGGUGGCGCACAAGACCUUCCACCGCUACGUAGUGCGCGCCAAGGCGGGCGGCAAGCAGUCAUCCAAGGACGCCACCGGCAAGUUCGCCAGGUCAGCUGGAUCGCGACUGCGCCGCUACAAUGAGGUCGCCCUAGAGCGGGACGUCCAGGAGCUCCUGGCCAGCUGGUCAGCACACAUCGCCUCAGCCGACCUCAUCUUCGUGCACGCGCCCGCCUCCAACGCUCGCAGUCUGUUCUCCGAGGGCCAAACGGCGUUGCUGCAGUCCAAUCCGCGGCUGCGACGAGUGCCCUUCGUGACCCACCGACCCACGUUCUCCGAAACCAAGCGCGUCAUGCGGUUGCUGUGCGCGGUGUUCAGACCGGAGGCGGCGGAGCAGCUGCUGCAGUUGCAGGCGCAACGUGCGGAGGAGGAGACCACGGAGGCCGCCGCCGCCGCCGCAGCUGCUGCCGAGGCGCUGGCCGCGGCUUCUCUGGACGCCACCUCCUCCCAGCAACCAUCCCCAUCCCCAUCACCCCCACCGCCGCCGUCAACAACCGCAGAGGCUACCUACGCCAACAAAGACGGCAGCGCGGGACCUUCCGCCGCCGCUGCCGCCGCUGCCGCCGCCGCUGGCAGCCCGGAAGACCUUACCGCCGCCCCUUCAACCGCCGCUCCUGCAGCAUCGGGAGGGCCUGGGGAGAGUCCGCUGCACAAGGCCUCCAAGGCAGGGGAUUCGGAGCGUGUACGGCGGUUGCUGGAGGCGGGACACGAUCCAUGUGUACGGGACGCCAAGGGCCGUACAGCGUACGGCCUGGCGGCGGAUAAGGACACCCGAGAUGCGUUCCGGCGGUUUAUGGCGCAACAACCGGACAGAUGGGACUACAGCACGUCGGGUAUUCCUUCGCCGCUGACGGAUGAGAUGGAGGCGGCGCAAUCGGCCAAGAAGGCUGCUCACAAGGCCAAGCUCAAGGCCAAGGAUGCGGAACGCAAGGCCGCCAAGGCCGCUGCUGCCUCUUCAGAAGGAGCCGGUGGCAGCAGCGGCGGCGCUGCGGCUGGGGCGGCGCGGAAGCAGCAGGCGGUGGAGGACGAGAUAGCGCUGGCGGUGGCGGAGGCCGCCGCGAUAGCCGCAAAGUUAAACGCAUCCUCCAAGGCGUCAUCAUCAUCAUCAGGCGCAGCUCGCGGCGGCGGCGCCGGCAAGGUGGGUGGCGGUGGCGGUGGCGGCAAGGCGGGGAAGUCCGCUACCGGGGGAAGCGCAAGGGCAGCCGCAUCGUCAGCAGCAGCAGCGGCGGCAGCGGCGGCGCCUCCGAGCGCGGAGGAGCUCGCACGGCGCCGUGAGGUGAUGGCUGCCGCUGCGGAGGCACGCAUGCGGGCACUCUCGCAGGCCUCACAGCAGCAGAAGCUCUGGUGAUGGCGAUGAUGAUGCUGAUGGGGUCGCGUGUCGGGCCCCAUCCGGUGACGGUGGAACAGCAGGGUGGCAGCAAGCCAGGUCGCAACGUGCAAGGAGGCAACAACAGUCGCGGAGACGGUGGCGGAGCGGGCGAUGUGCUGGGCGGGGCGCGGCGCAUGUGGCCGGUGAUGUUGCUGGGCGGCUUGUUUGUGCUGACGACUCUGGUGGAGCGACGGAGACGUUGACCGCUUUCGAUUGGAGUUUGGGAGAGGGGGGAGAGUUUGGACACACCCUCUCCCAUGCAGAUAUGGGAGCGCGUGCCGACACGCAGGGCUUCUCAAGCAAGGGACGCCCGUGAGCAAAACAGGAACACGUUGCGUGCAUGGUGCUUCUAGAUCUUCACAGUUCACCCAACAGAUAGCUGCCAAGCGCCUGUGAGGCAACCGUGUGCCACACCCUGCUUGUAAGAGGCCCCUUUUUA